CAAUCUAGCGUUGAGUGUAGAAAAAAAUUGUCGUCGGAUUGCCGUCGAAGGAAAACAGUCGAGUUAAGCUGAAAUUAUAUUUACAAAACAGCAAUUCACAUCAAAAAAUGACAACUGCGAUCGACCCAGAACUGCGCACCAAAAUCGAUGCCGUUUACCGGAUGGAGGAGGAAUUCAUCAAACUGUACAACGAAACAGUAGCCAAGAAGCGGCAUCAGAUGGCCCGGCUCUACAUGGACAACGGUUUGCUGGUGUGGAACGAAAAUGGUGCCAACGGGAAGGACAACAUCCAGAAGUACUUCCAGGAACUGCCCCGCUUCGAAUACAUUAUGAACACCCUGACUAUAAUUGAAUCAUCGCAGGGCUGGUAG